UACUCUGUUUUAGAAACAGAACCAAGCAGGGCAAGAAAAAAAAACAAGAGAUGAAGAGAACGAGAGCGCUCUCGUGUCUCAUCACAAUGCUCCUAAUCGCCGCCGCAGACUCCACCGAAGAGACAGUGAUGCGUCUCGAAAUGUCUCACCGAGACACUCUCUUCCCAACAUCUUCCCAUCGCGUUGAAGACAUUAUCAGCGAGGACCAGAAGCGUCACAGCCUCAUAUCUCAAAAACGAAAGACCAAUGGAGGAGGAGCAAAACUGCCAUUGAGAUCAGGCUCCGACUACGGAGCGGCGCAGUACUUCGCUGACGUCAGAGUUGGAACGCCGGCGAAGAUGUUCAGGGUGGUGGUGGACACAGGGAGCGAGCUGACGUGGGUGAACUGCAGGUUCCGUGGGAAAGGAAGAGGGAGAGAGAAGAAACGUCGAGUGUUCAGAGCAGAGGAGUCAUCGAGUUUCAGACAAGUUGGAUGCUUGACUCAGACUUGUAAAGUUGAUCUGAUGAAUCUCUUCUCCCUCUCUAAUUGCCCUACACCUUCAACUCCAUGCUCUUACGAUUAUAGAUACGCAGACGGGUCAGCAGCACAAGGUGUGUUCGCUAAGGAGACAUUCACAGUUGGUCUCACCAACGGUCGUGUAGCUAGACUCCGUGGCCUCCUCAUCGGUUGUAGCAGCUCCUUCAAUGGAGACAGCUUCCAAGGAGCCGAUGGAGUUCUUGGUCUAGCCUUGAGUGAAUACUCCUUCACUUCCAAAGCCACUAAUCUCUUCGGUGGCAAAUUCUCAUACUGUCUCGUUGACCACCGCUCCCACAAAAACGUCUCCAGCUAUCUCACCUUCGGCUCAACCACCAAAACCACCACAACAAGAACCACCCCGCUUGAUCUCAACCUCAUUCCUCCCUUCUACGCCGUCAACAUCAUUGGUAUCUCCCUAGGCGAUGACAUGCUUGACAUCCCCAUGCAAGUGUGGGACGCAACAAGCGGUGGUGGGACAAUCUUGGACUCAGGAACCAGCCUCACGCUUUUGGCUGAAGCCGCCUACAGGCCGGUGGUUUCGGGGCUCGAGCGUUACCUUGUGGGGCUGAAGAGAGUUAAACCAGAAGGAGUACCGAUAGAAUAUUGUUUUGAUGUCUCGUCCGGGUUCAACGAGAGCAAGCUGCCGCAGUUGAUGUUUCAUUUCAAGGGGGGUGCGCGUUUUGAGCCGCACCGUAGAAGUUAUGUAGUGGAUGCUGCGCAUGGAGUCAAGUGUUUAGGGUUUGUGUCGGCGGGAGCGCCGGCGACUAAUGUGGUUGGGAACAUAAUGCAGCAGAAUUAUUUGUGGGAGUUUGAUGUUGUGGCCUCAAGUUUGUCUUUUGCUCCUUCUACAUGUCUUUAGCUGUUCAUUUCUCUCUUUGUGGGAGUAUUACUUUUGAUUAAUUGGGAAAUAUUGCUUGUUAAUUGUUAGUGAAUGAAAUAAACAUGUUUGUUAUCAAA